AAACCAACCACGAGUUGUCGUCGUGUGGGAGAAUCCAUCUUGAAGAGAGCUCUCCGGUUGUGUGACCAGUAAGCAGGUUUCCCUACUUCAUUAUAUCUUGGGGUUUUUCUUUUCUCAUUGUGUCGCCACGUAUAACAGUGCAAAAAAAAGAAAGGAAAAAUGUCUGAGACAGAGCAGCAAUAUAUGGAGACGUCGGAAAACGGCCACGAAGUCGACGAUGAUUAUAACGGAGCCGACCACACCGAGGAGGGGAUCGACGAGAGCGCCGCCAAUGACUGCGGAGAGGGCGAAGGGCCCGACGCGGACGGGAAUUCGCAAAACGGCGGCACGGAGGGCGGACAGAUCGACGCCAGCAAAGGCGAGGAGGAUGCCGGGAAAAUGUUUGUUGGUGGUCUCAGCUGGGACACAAGCAAGAAGGAUCUUAAGGAUUACUUCUCUAAAUUUGGUGAGGUGACAGACUGCACCAUAAAGAUGGACCAGCAGACAGGCCGGUCACGAGGGUUCGGCUUCAUUCUCUUUAAAGACGCAGCAAGUGUAGACAAGGUUCUUGAACAGAAGGAGCACAAGCUCGAUGGCAGAGUUAUCGACCCCAAGAAGGCCAUGGCCAUGAAGAAGGAUCCAGUGAAGAAAAUCUUUGUGGGAGGCCUCAACCCUGACACCUCGAAGGAACUCAUUCAGGAGUACUUUGGGACCUUUGGAGAGAUCGAGACCAUUGAACUUCCACAAGAUCCAAAGACGGAAAAGAGGAGGGGAUUCGUAUUCAUCACGUAUAAAGAAGAGGCUCCCGUCAAGAAGGUUAUGGAGAAGAAAUACCACAACGUCGGUGGAAGCAAGUGCGAAAUCAAAAUAGCCCAGCCCAAAGAGGUCUACCAGCAGCAGCAGUACGGUGCCCGUGGAUAUGGCGGACGCGGCAGGGGCCGUGGAGGCCAGGGCCAGAACUGGAAUCAAGGUUACAACAACUACUGGAACCAGGGAUACAACCAGAACUAUGGCUACGGACAGCAAGGCUACGGAUAUGGCGGCUAUGGCAACUAUGACUACUCUGCUGGUUAUUACGGCUAUGGGGGUGGCUACGAUUACAACCAGGGCAAUACAAGCUAUGGGAAAACUCCAAGACGUGGAGGCCACCAGAGUAGCUACAAGCCAUACUGAUCACACGUAGUGCAGGUCUAAAGUAAAUAAGAAAAAGAGAUCCAUGGUCUGACCACAGCGAACAUGGGCUCUGGCUUUUCCUUUGGAGUUGGCAGAAAUUUGGACUCAUGCUCCAUUUGUACAGAUCAAGUGAGGAACUGGGGAAGCAAAUGUCACUUUUCCACUUUUUAUUUUAUAUUGUUUUGUGUCCAUUUACAUUUCCAGUGAUGGAAGUGUUAUUUUUACUGUACUUUUUGGUACCUUUUUGAAUCUAAUGUAUUGUAUGGUUGUAUUUUUACAUGUCUACUGGAUUUACAGAUGAGCAGGAGCAAGAGCUUUUAAAGCUCACAAAUAAAACAAUUUUGCUUUUUUUUUUUUUUCUUUUCCUUUUGGUGUUUCUAGAACUUUAGUUAUUUUCUCCCGUGCUGAGUGUUGGAUGCGAGUUGCAUGGCUUCAGAUGUGGGGUGAGGCUAAAUAAGGGAUUUAAACUUAUCAAAGGA